UGGGCCCCUGUCCAUUAAGCCUCAAGGAUGUUGGCACAGCAGCGAGCUUUGGCCCACGGCCGGGCGCCGUUCGUCAACAACUUCACUGUCAGGAAUGUGGCGCGCAAGGCUUGCCGCACCCGUGCCAUCCUCAUGGACAAGGAGUGCUACACAAUUCCUGCUGCUCCGGAUUUGAUUCCGGAUGGUCCAUGGAGCAAGGUGGAGGGCGGCGUUUGCGCGGCCAAGGGCUUCAAGGCCACAGGCGUGCAUGCGGGUCUCCGCGCUUCCGGCAAGAAGGCUGACCUGGCUCUGGUGGUUGCUGACGCGCCCGCCACCGCCGCCGGCACCUUCACCACGAACGUCAUGUGCGCGGCGCCCGUGCUGUACUGCAAGGACGUGCUCAGCCGCAGGAGUGCCGUACGGGCGGUGAUGACCAACGCGGGUCAGGCCAACGCCGCCACCGGCACCCAGGGCUACGAGGACGCGGUUGCCACCGCCACCGCGCUGGCCCAGGCGCUGGGUGUGAGCACGGAUGACAUCCUGCUGCAGUCCACCGGUGUGAUCGGUCGGCGCAUGAAGAUGGAGUCCUUCCUGCCCGCCAUCCCGCAGGUGGUGGGCACGCUGGGCGGCAGCGGCGAGGACGCGCACCGGGCGGCGGUGGCGAUCACCACCACGGACCUGGUUAGCAAGGAGGCCGCCCUCCGCGUCACCCUGCCCGGCAGCGGCGCUGUCGUGACGGUGGGCGGCAUGUGCAAGGGCAGCGGCAUGAUCCACCCCAACAUGGCCACCAUGCUGGGGGUGGUGACGUGCGACGCGGAGGUGGAGGCGGGCGUGUGGAGCGGCAUCGUGAAGCGGGCGGCGGUGGCGUCGUUCAAUGCGAUCACGGUGGAUGGCGACACCUCCACCAACGACUGCGUCAUCGGGCUGGCCAGCGGUGCAGCCGGCAACCCGCGCAUCGCCGACCCCGCCUCGCCGGAUGCGGCGCUGCUGGAGGGGGCGGUGACGGCGCUCAUGCAGGGUCUUGCCAAGUCCAUUGCUUGGGACGGCGAGGGCGCCACCUGCCUGGUGGAGAUUGAGGUUGUUGGCGCCCAGAGUGACGCCGACGCGCGGGUGAUCGCUCGCUCCGUGGCCGGCUCCUCGCUGGCCAAGUCGGCCAUCUUCGGACACGACCCCAACUGGGGUCGCAUCGCGGCGGCUGCGGGAUACUCGGGCAUUAUCUUCGACCAGGCUGAGCUGGGUGUGCGGCUGGGCUCCAUGCAGCUCAUGGAGGCGGGACAGCCGCUGCCCUUCGACAAGGCCGCAGCCAACAAGUACCUGAAGGACACCUGCGCGGUGCACGGCACCGUGCAGAUCGGCGUGCGGGUGGGCAAGGGGCCGGGGCGGGGCAUGGCUUGGGGCUGCGACCUGUCGUACGACUACGUGAAGAUCAACGCCGAGUACACCACCUAGGGUGGAGGAGGGAGCAAUGAAGGAAGGAGGAGGGGGGAGAAGAGGAGGAAGGGAAGAUGCUGAGGUUUUGUGUGUCGUGUUUGCAAUGAAGGCCCUGAGAGGAGGCAACGAGGAAGGUUGGAGGCAUGGAGGUGUGAGCCUGAAGAAGAAGAGUAGCGGGCUGGGAGGAUGAGAAGCGGCUGGAGUGGCAGGAGGGGUUGGUUGGGGUAAGCGCGCAAGCAAGGGCGGGCGAGCAAGGGGUGAUGCUGUGUCGAGCCACCCGCAUCGCUUUCCGCAGGUCACACCACCGCCGGAGAGGCGGUGGUGAGGGUCGCAUUGCUGAACGUACACCGGUACAUGUGUUCUCGCGUGCUUU